AUGGACCCUCACCCGUGGAUCAUGACCACAAACGUCGAGGAAAGAAUGAUGCAGCAGAUCGACGAUAAGAAGCGCCAGCUCAUGACCAGUAGCAGCCCUAUCAUCAACCUGUCAAACACUGCGUCGACCAUCGCAACCACUCCGUUCCUCCCAUCUAUCGGCAAUAUCAGUCCGGUCAACAACACCAUGACCACCCGGUUCCCGAUCGUCGGAAGAAGCAGUCUCCUGACUCCUUUGAAACUCGAGUAUUGUAGGUUCCAGGGCUGCGCUAACUUUGGCAAGAUGCAGGGCUACUGCCAUGACCACAUACAUGGGCGACCGGCCCCACACUUCCCGUCUCCGUCUCAAACCCCAUUCGUGCAGACCACUAACCCACUUCCAAGCCACGUGCUCCCGCCUUCAAUUUCCCAGCCACAGUAUCUACCGGCAUUGCGGACGAUGGUGCCUACUCGGCCCCGACGAACGGAGCAUCGUCAGCGAGUCUCCGUCUCGGCUUAUACGAGCUACGACAUGUCAAGGCAGCCCGGCAGCCCCAUGUACACUACUUCAGGGGUGACUUUCGGCACACAGCAUCCGAUCUACACAGAGCAUGCGACGUUCCUGUCGGCUCCGUUGUCCAAGAAACCUCGUGUUGUUGCUAGCCCUACACAGUCCACCGGAAGCACUAGUAGCUACAGACCAACAGCCAAGUGUCGUCGUGACGGUUGCACCAAUGACGCGAGACGCAAAGGUCUUUGCAUGGAGCAUGGCGGACGCCAUUUCUGUAAGAUGGCUGGUUGCCAGAAGUGCGCACACCGUGGCGGCUUCUGCAUCUCCCACGGCGGAGGCCGUCGCUGUGCGGUGGCUAACUGCAGGAAGAGUGCGCAGUCCGGAGGCACCUGCUACUCGCACGGAGGCGGCAAGCGAUGUGCGACGAAAGGUUGCACCCAUGCAGCCCGGAGCGGCGGCUUCUGUAUCAAGCACGGCAAGCAGCAGCAGCAACUGCAGCAGCAAGCACAACAAUGCUAA